AUGAUGAUGAACAACACCCUUCCUUGCCCGGCUUGGGUCUACUCGACCGAGUCCAACGUACACCGCGCAAAAGAUCGGUCCUGGUUCGGCGACGACUACCAGCCCAUCAGCAGCGUCCUCGAGCCCAAGCCGACCACAUCCGGCGGCGGCGGCCGUCCCUCCUCCUCCCUCGGCGGCGCCGUCAUCGGCAUCGGCACCGUUGAGCUGCCCGUCAAGCGCCGCCCCGACGCCCUCGGCGCCUCCUCCCACGGCAUCCUGCGGCUGCGCAACGUCCUCCACGUCCCCGGCUGCCUCUGCAACGUCAUUGCCGCCGCCUCCCUCGCCGAGUCCGACCACCUCCUCUCCGCGCGCCCCGACCGCCCCGACGGCGUGCGCCAGAUCACGGACCGCAAGGGCCGCCCGCUCGCCUACUUCCUCCCGCCGGACCGGCGCACCGGCCUGCAGCGCCUGCGCCUCAGCGGGUCCCCGGUCGGCCCGCGCCUCGGCCCGUCGCCGUUCCGCCCCGCGACGUCGUACCUCAUCCGGGCCUGGUGGAGCGACGACGACCGCCGACAGGCCAUGCUGCAGCUCAGCCGGCGGCCAGUCGCUCCGCAGAAGCAGCAGCCGACCUCGACCACGACGACGCCGCCGACGACAAUUGCGUUCAGCGCGGAGGAGCGCGCCUGGAUCAGGCGCAACCACGGCAACGUGCGGGCCUUUUUGCGGUCGCACCGGCUGCGCGGCCGCAGCGAGGAGGACGCCACGACCGCGCGGCGCAUCAUCCGCGCCGCCCUGGAGCCGGGCAACAAAACCACCACCACCACGAGCAGCAUCAGCGUGGCGGACAGCGGGCUGGGGGGCAUGGACGGGUCGGCGGCGACGGGUAGCGGCGUCCGGGUGCUCGCGGCGGAGGCCGAGAGGCACUUUGGCCCGCAGGAGCUCGCUUGGGUCCGGCGGUGGUACGGCGACGCGCUCUCCUUUAUGGUGAGCCUGCGGCUGCGUAUCGCGGAUCCGGGCGACGGGCGCAAGGCCAACAGGGUCGCUGCCAUCCUGAUGGCUCCCGCCGCCGACAAGGGAUAA